AUGUCUCCCACCUCCGCGAGCGAGCGGCGCAAAGAGGCAGGGCCGCGCAUGCUUGCCGAAAGGGACAGCCCGCGCGAACGCGCCACAAUCUCGCUGCACUCCUUCCUCGCCGGGUCGAUUGCCGGCGCCGUGGGCACGCUGGUUGGUCACCCUCUCGACACCCUCAAGGUGCACGCGCAGGCGGGCAGGCGGUCGCCGUCCUCGCUGCGCUGCCUCUUCCGUGGCGUCGGCACGCCGUUGAUCGGAGCUGGCGCGCUGCAGGCGGCCAACCUGGGAGUGUACGAGAAUGUGCGGCGACGCCUCUCGGCCGACAGACCGCCGCUGCUGUGCCACGCGGCCGCCGGCUCGGUCGCCGGGCUGUGCAUCUCCCCGGUCACCACGCUGCUCUCGCGCGUCAAGGUGCAGCAGCAGCUUACGGGACAGAGCUUCGUGGCGACGGCGCGGUCCAUCGGCAGCCUGGCGUCGCUCUUCACGGGGCUCGCCUACUGCCUCCUCAAGCAGGCGCUGACGCCGAGCGGCUCCGCGAAGGGCGAGCCUCCACUCUGGGCGCGCACGGCGGCGGGAGCCGGAGCGAACGUGGUGACUUGGUGCGUCGUCUACCCCAUCGACGUCGUCCGCAACGUCCAGGUGGCACACGCCGCCGCCCACCCUGCCGGCCAGGCGCCGGGCUGGCUCGCGUGCGUGCGCGCGCUCCUGCGCGAGGACGGCCCAGCGCGGCUGUACCGCGGCUACGCCUUGACAAUACUGCGCGCCGGCCCGGUCGCCGGUGUCAUACUGCCCACGUUUGAGGUGGUGCUCCCUUACUUGGAGGCGGUGCUGUGA